GCGAUCAAUAGACGCUGCCAAGCAGUGACUAGCUGCAGUUGGAGACCUCAUUGCUGCAGGGUUCAAGUAGAAUGUGGUUCUUAUAGCGUGGAAGAGGAGAAAGGGCAGCGAUCGGGGCUUUUACAACCCAGAUGCACAUCGCGCCCCGUGGAUCUCCUGGUGUGCUCUUAGUGGAUUCGCGCGAUCGGUGACAGUCCAGACCGGAGAUUUACACAGGUGCCUUGUUUUUGGAUUAGUGUUGUGUCUUUUUUUCCCUCUGAAAUCGAUAGCGACUUCUGGGGCUUGAAUGUGGAGAGAGGAUCUGCAUGUGUGGUCUUGGUGCAGAUGAGACGCACAGAAGCUGAGCUCUGAAGCCGGGAGAUCCGAACAUGCUGCCGGCCUGGAGGGGGCUCUGCACUGGGGCAGGAGCAGCCCUUUGCUGCCUCCUCGUCUGGAUCAUCUACUCGCACUUAGUCAAAGAAGGUCAGCUGGCUGUGGGUACAUGUGAAAUAGUUACCUUGGACAGAGAUAGCAGUCAACCACGGAGAACAAUAGCCAGACAAACAGCACGAUGUGCUUGUAGGAGAGGACAGAUUGCUGGUACGACAAGAGCCAAGCCAGCUUGUGUGGAUGUUCGAGUUGUAAAGAGCAAGCAGUGGUGUGAAAUGAUUCCAUGUUCAGAAGGAGAAAUCUGUGGUUUAUUAAUGAACAAGUCAGGCUGGACCUGCACGCAGCCAGGUGGUCGAAUAAAAACAAUAACGGUUUCCUGACACAUGUAUCAAAGGAGAGAUCCUUACCAAGGCAGCUUAUCCUGUGUGUGCCACUUACCUCAAAAAAUGAUUUCGCUGCUGUGAGUCCCCAUCUGUUGUCUGUCACUCUGUACGUUCAAGCUACACUGUGGGAUCAAUGUUUUCUCCAGCAUGGUACUAACCCUGACAUGUCCAGCUGUUAAAUGCACAAGCCUAGGAGAUGCAGAUGCUAGAGCCCCACAGGAACUGAGGCAACUUCUCCCUAUAUGGACCUAUUGCUGUUGAAUGACUAUUCCUCUCCAGUGAAAAUUGCAUUGCGAAUGGUCUGAUUAUUUUCACUUAUGAUCCCUUGAUAAACACUGAACUUUUUACGAGUCAAAUAGCAGGGAAAAUAAAACUCUCGUGGAGAAAAAAAACCCAAUAUAUCAACAUGAUGGGAAUUCAUCUGCCUUUUCCUUCAAGGCUUCAAACUAAAGACCAAAGAAUGAAAGAUCUGUGCAGCAGAUGAAGAAAAUGGGAUUGUUCAACGAUCCUUUUAUAACUACAAUUGCUUGCAGUUUUCUGUACAAGGUCUGCAGUGCUUUUAGAAGAAGAAGCUUUUCAAAUAAUGGGGACACAUCACACAGGUGUGGCUAACAGAACAUUCUUCAUGGAGAAGUUCCAGCUGGGAUUUGCAAUGGCUUAAUUACUCUGAAGAACUAAAGAGCACAUGCACAUAAACAACGAGGACGGAUUUACACUGGCAUAGAAGGACCUCUCAUGCUCUGAGGCACAAGCUCACGCAGUUUUGUAACAUCCUGCAGUUUUUGUGCUCUAUCUUAUCAUUUCAUACAAUUGCAGAGCAUUAGGCAAGCUCUUGUCCGUUUGUCCAUGCCUGUGAUCUACUAGACCUAUUGCAGAAUCUGAUUACCUGAACGCAUUUCAAAAACGGCAUUUUUUUUUUCAAUUUUGAAUGUGGCAUUCAAGACAAGUUUAUCAUUCAGUGUGUUUAGAGAAAAAAAAUCCUAAUUUGUAAACCUCUAACAGAUUUUGUAUGUUGUAUCUUUGUAGGAAACCUAUUUAACUGUGUCUGUGCUCAUCAUGUAAGGCCUGCAACGCCAUGAUGGAAAGCUGUGAUGUGGAUAGAGUACAUCUCAUGCUGCCAAAUAAAGCUGU